UGAUAGUUGUUAUUAGUAUAAAAGCAUGGAUCUUUUUAGGUCAAUCAUUGUAUUCUCAACGUCAACAAUCAUAACAACACUUCAAGAUGUCCACCUUCGCCCUCUUGAUCCUUUGCUUCCAAGCUUGCUUGAUCCAGAAUGUAUACAGCAGGUGUCUCGGUGGUACGGAUCUAAUUGGUCCCGCGUAUGGUGGUUACCUCGGCGGUUGUAAUGGUGGCUACCUCGGCGGUUAUCUGGGCGGCUGUAAUGGUUACCUCGACGGUUAUCCCGAUGGAUAUCUCGGCGGUUACUAUGGUGGUUUUCUUGGAGGUUGUAAUGGUGGUUACCUUGGCGGAUGUAAUGGUCUCUUCGACGGCUAUCCCGAUGGUUUUCUAGGCGGUUAUUAUGGUGGUUAUCUCGGAGGUUGUAACGGUGGUUAUCUCGGUGGAUAUCUUGGCGGAUGUAAUGGUUACCUCGAUGGUUAUCCCGAUGGUUUCCUUGGUGGUUAUCUCGGAGGAUGUAAUGGUGGUUACCUCGGUGGUUAUCUUGGCGGAUGUAAUGGUUUCCUCGAUGGUUAUCCAGAUGGGUAUCUUGGUGGUUAUCUCGGCGGUUGUAAUGGUUACCUCGACGGUUAUCCCGGUGGAUAUUUUGGCCGUUACGGUGCUUACGGUCUGGACGCUCCCUACGGUCGCGGUAUCGGCGCUUACGGUCUCGCUGACGGCGUUUACGGCCUCGGUCUCGGCGCUCCGCUCGCCUACGGCGGUUGCGGCGCAGCUUACGGCGGCGAAGGCAUCGGCGAUGUAGCGGUCGCCGGUACACUGCCGGUGGAAGGCAGGACCCUGGUCGCCGGACAGGUGCCGAUCAUGGGCGCCGUGGAGUUCGGAGGCGGCGUGGCAGCCGCUGGCGGAGUGUCCAUUGCCGGCAGCUGCGGCUGCGGCUGCAGGGGACCCUACCUCUACUGAGAACCUUAUACCAACUUGUGCUCAAUGAACUGACGAAAUAAAAGCAUUCACUGAAA